CAAAGUGAGUCUCUCCCAGUCUGUCUUGCAACAUACAACAGUCGUUAGAGAAACUUCCUCCUGUUAACAUUAACGCAUGAUUGUCUUUUCAUUUCUCGUACCUCUAGCUAUAUCUACCCAUUUAUACACGCACACAUACAUUAACCCUUUUCUAAAUUGCCCGUAAGGGUAAUCUAGAAUACUAAUACAAUCACUGCCACGACUAAAUCGUUGUUUAGUCGCAGCUAAAUUGAAGCCGGACCAGUAUUUAUUAUCUCUCAAGCCACGCUGUUUUCAAACUAAAUGACAUGGAAUCGGUCAAGAGUCAAGAGAAAAAACCAGCCAAGAAACGUGUGAAGGCUCUUUGUGUUAAAAUAAAAGAACAGAUGGAGUUCUACUUCAGUAAUUCGAAUUUACACAAAGAUCGUUUUUUCAAAAAACAAAUUGAUAAAGACAAAGAUGGAUAUAUUGAUUUGUCUUUAUUUUUAACAUUUAAUCGUAUCAAGUCUCUUACUGAAGACCUGGCUGUCAUGCGUAAAGCACUGUCAACUUCUUCUAUGCUGCAGUUAAGUGAAAACCAGAACAGCGUACGUCGUGUCACUCCAUACACAGAGCCUAAAGAUGUGGACGAGAGGACAGUUUAUGUGGAACUGCUGCCAGCCAAUGCUGACCAUGAUUGGCUGAAGAAAGUGUUUUCCUCCUGUGGGAUGGUCACUUAUGUUAGUCUUCCACGCUAUAAGUCCACUGGAGAUCUCAAACAGUUUGCAUUUGUUGAAUUUGAAACCAUUAAAGGUGCACAAAGAGCUUGUAAAGAAUUAAAUCAACCACCCAUUGAAACUACCAAUAAACCUGGAAAAUUCCCCAAGAAUAACAAAGCUUUGAACCAGCUGAAGAAGAAAGUUCAGACAGAAGAUGGUAUGGAUUUAAGUGAGGAGAAACCAGAAUGUGAUCUCAUCAGCAAUGACAGUCCGAAGAACAAAGGUUGCAAACAGAAACGAAAACGCAACAGUAGCUCCGAAGCAAAGGAACCAAGCCGACCAAUUAAACAGCGGAAGUUGGAACCUUUGUGUGGAGAAAACACUGAUGAAACAAACAUCAAGUUCGAAGGUCAAGCAGAAGAAGGUGCCAAAUCAGAAGACGAGGAUCGAGGUUCUGGUAGUUGGAAGAAGAAGAAAAAGAAGAAACGACAUUGGUUGGAGAGUUUCAGCAAACUUUCUAAUGAUGUUUUUCCUGAGAAGUGUAAGCUCCAACGUCGGUCUAGCAGCAACUCAAAACUAAGUGAUAUCGAACCAGCUGAUAGACUGGCUCAAAAAUCAGAGACUGAUUUAAAAUCAUCGAACAAACAGGAAUCAGGUGAGACUGCGACACAGGAAAAGACUCCUCAUGAAACUGAAUCACGGUUGGAAAACUUAUCUGCAGACGAAGGAAUCGAUUCUGCUGCUAAAGAUACUAAAAGGUCUAAAAGGAAACGGAAAAAAGACAGCAUGGAUAGUACAACUGGUAGUGAUCUGGAGAAUGUGCCAAAGCGUAUAAAAUAUGACAGAACUGAAGAAGCCCUGAACAACAAUAUGCAACUAGAUCAUUCUAAAGAUUGUAAUAAGAAACGGCGCAAUAAGAAUCGUAAACGAUCCAAACCACUGCCACACUUGCGGGUCAUCUCCAAGAAGGAAUGGUUAAAGUACAAAAGUGAAUACCUUGCCAGACAACGGUCCAAUAUGUCCAGGAUGAAGCAGAUGCUCAUUGAGAUGAACAAGAAUCAAGACUGUAAAAUUCCUGAAAAUUCUUCUGAAGACAAAUACAAGUUUAUUCCAAAUGUGAUUGUAAACAUUAAGUCUGAGACAGUAUUAAACGUGAAGGAAUUAAAAGGAAAACUCACACCACUUGGUGACAUUGCAUACAUAGAUCUGAAAGAAGUUGAUACGCAGGCCUUUGUGCGUUGUAAAAAUGAAGCAAGUGCACAGAAAAUAUGCAACACCAAAUUCGAGACAUUAAGUGUUUCACUUCUUGAAGGUGAAGAUGAGAAGUGCUACUGGGACAAACUCAAGGCAGACAGAGAGAGUAAGAUCAACUCGAAACAUCGUUUGAAGAAAAGAGGAACACUCAAGCUACUUGACAAGAUGGAGAAAAUCAACACCCAAAACACCAAAAUAUAUUUUGAUGAUUGAGUUGAAUUUCUACAACUUUCUCUCCUGAAAAAUCAAUACAAAUUCAUUUUUGAAAUAAAUAUUAAAAAAAUUUAA